AUGGCUGCUGAAACUGUUGCAUCACUUCAAAUUCCUACCACUGAUGAGCAAGUUGAGAAGAAAAUAGAAGGCGAAAAGGCUUCUGAACAAGAUGGUGUUUCCUUAACGGUUGCAACAUCAUCUGAGCCUCCAGCUGCAGCAGUUGAGGCUGAGAAGGCUGCUGCUGCUCCUGCACAAGAUGUUCCGCUUGUGGAAGAAAUAAAAGUGGAAAAUGAAGCCAUUCCUGCUUUACAAACACUCGAUAUCCCAAAGCAAGUGGUUGAUGCUGUUGAGAGCCUGGCAGAGACUAAGAGCGCAAAUAAGUCUGUAGGAAGAGAAGUACCCAAAGAAGUGGCCAUAGAUAGCAUUGAAAUAGUUGAUGCUCCUGUGCCAGAUGUUCCACUCGCAGAAGAAAAAAAGAUAGAAAAUGAAUCCAUUCCUGAUUCACAAACAUUAGAUAUUCAAAGUGUGGUUGCGUCUGUAGUGAUAGAAGCACCGAAAGAACCAUCCAUAGAUAGCUUUGAAGUAGGGCAAGUGGAGGAACCGAAGAUAGUUGAUGCUCCUCUAUCAUCAAUUGUAACCAUUGAGAAUCAAGAGAAGCCUUUGGAAGUCACUUCGGACGAAGGAUCCAUAGCAAUAGUCAAAGACUUAGAUGUGAAGGACACACUAGAAGAAUCUGAGCACGUAGAGCCUGAAGAGAUAGUGCAGGAUGAGAUGGAAAAUGAUGAAGGCUCUAUAGCUGAAAAGACUGAGCCUACCAGAGUCUUGGAGGAAGGGAAAACUGAAACAAUGGACGCACCUAGUCUAGCUGUGGAGGAAGAACCAGAAAAGCCCAAACUUGUGGAACAAGAAAAGAAACAGGAUGAAGUUGGGCCUGAGGAAAAUUCAACAGUCGUGGAAGAAGCGAAAAAUGAUGAAGAUAACAAGCCUAGACUAACUGAAAAUCUUGGAGCGGCUUCACUUAGUCGGGAAGCUCAAAUUGAAGUACAAGAUGAAGGGGAUGCUUCUCUACCUGACGUCACAGAAAAGUUCGCAACUGAAGACGAAAAGAAAGAAUUAAGUGCUGUCAAUGUGGUUGAGAAGCUAGCAGAAGAGCCAGCUGUGGAGACUGAAAAGGUCGAGGAAGAGAAUGUGGAAAUCGAAGAAAACGAGAAGAGGAAUGUGAUUCCUGAGGGUUCAACUCAAAUAAUUAAAGAAGAUGAGAAUAAGGAAUCAAGCGGUGGUGAUGUGGUUGAGAAGCUAGUGAACGAGGCAGAUGUGGAACUGGAAAAGGUUGGAGAAAACGAGGUGGAGAUUGUAGAGGAUGGAAAGAGAGAUUUGGUAACUGAGGAUUCAAAUCAACCAAUCAUAGAGGAACAAAGGAAAGAAUCAAAUGGAGGUGAUGUGAUCGAGAAGCUAGCGGAGCAGGCUGAGGUGAAGUUGGAAAAGGUUGGAGAAGAUAAUGUGGCAAAGGAUGUCGAAACUGAAGAUAAUGAAGACAGGAAUGCAAUAGCUGAGGAUCCGGCUCCGCUAAUUGAAGAGGGUGAAAGGAAAGAAUUAGGCAGGUCUGAUGUAGUUGGGAAGCUAGCAGAAGAGGCGGCAGUGAAGGUGGCAAGUGUAGGAGAAGAGGUGGUGGCAAAGAAUGGCGGAAUUGAAGAGAACAAAAAGAUAAAUGUGGUAACUGAGGAUUCAACUCAACCAAUUGAUGUGGUUGAGAAGGUAGCAGAAGAGGUAGUGGUGGAAACAGAAAACCCUGCAGAAGAGAAUGAAACAAAGAAUGUGAAAUUUGAAGACGACAAAAACAAAACUGUACUUGAAGAGGAUGUCAAGAACUCUAUUAUUUCUCCCACUGAAUUUAUAGAAAAAUCAUUUGAGGGAGCUGCGAAAGAUGCUGAACCUGUGGUGGAAAGCAAAGCAGCAGAAAAGAUAGAAAAUGGGACUCCAGCUGAAGUUGAAACCAAGGAGGAGAAGCCGGACGAAGUCACUAGAGCUGUUGAAGUUGAUGAACCACUUAACGAUUCUGAGCAAUAUGAAUUAGAAGUUAAAGGAAAGGAAACUGUUAAAACGGAUGCUGAUAAAUUGGAGAAAAUUACAGACAAAGUUGCGAAACCUGAUCCGAAUGUAGAGCCUCCUCCCACCAAGGAUAGCGAUCAGGCAAAACCCCCCAAGGACCAGCCAAAGGAAGUUCCAGCUAUGUCCUCUCAGAAACAGUCGAAUAACCUUCUGUCAAAGGUAAAACAGUCACUGGUGAAGGCAAAGAAGGCUAUCAUCGGGGGGAAAUCUCCAAGCUCGCAAACUCCUGCUACCGGAACUAAGGAGGCUAUCAAAGUUAAAUAA